AUGAAAUUCUCUACUGCCGUUGUAUCACUCAUAACCGUCGCACCACUGGUCGUGGGCGCCGCUGAGGAAUCUCGAUACCUUAAGACCGGAAUGAAAUCCAAGUCUGGCAAAGGCAAAGGCGUCCGCCAGCUAUCUGGACAUCGAAAGAGUGAACAUCCUGCGUCCGAUAAUGGCAAGGGAAAGGAAAAAGGAAGUAAUCGCAUGAAUAGCUCUCCUAAGAAGAAUAGAGCGAAGAGCAGUGGAGGUGAGGCGGACAAGUGUGCGGGAAAGAAUGGGUUUUCUCGGUUCCCCUUUAAAGGGCUGGACAACUCGCAGCGUCUUCUGCUUCGCGAAGGUGUCGUUGACUCCAUCAAGCCUUCUUUGUGUGGAAACGAAGGCAACAAGAAUGUCAUCUUGGUGGUUGGAGAUGGUAUGGGAUGGGAGAUGGUCAGAUCCGGUGCUAUUGCUAAGCAGGUGGUGGAUGAGCUGGAAGGUCUCGGUUGCGAUACCACCACAGGUUGCCCAGACAACAGUGCUGCGAUGAAUGCUUUCCGUGGACGAACACUAGACGACUAUUAUACUGAGGGUAAGGGAAGUGGUAUGUCUUUCCAAGAGUUGGAUGGCUAUGCUUUGAUGACAACCACCACCACUGUCACUCAAGAACCCAACCCUGGAAACCACUAUGCUCCUUCUCGAAGUCUUCUUGAAGGUGAUGUCUCUGAGCACGAGAGUGGUCAGGCUGCCCUUGCUCUUGACGAGUGUGGUUUCCCGAUCGAUUUCUCUCCGCUUGACUUUGAAGCCGACGGCGGCAACAUGGUCCUUUGGGACAAUAAAAUGGGAGGAGAAUUUCCUUGGGACAAACGCUACUAUCAGGAGCGUCCCGAUACUUCAACCGGAUUCGACCCGGAGUACAUUAUGCGUCAUGCGACGGAUUCGGCUUCUACAGCUGGAACAAUGGCCACUGGUCACAAGGCUGCCGUGAACAUGAUGUCACAAACACUUUACGAAGAAGACGUUAGCACGCUUGUGGAAGACGCCAUGUAUUGCGGUAUGGCUGGAGGUGUCGUUACUUCCGUUCCCAUGCUCCAUGCUACUCCUGGAGCCUUUGUGACGCAUACGAACUCCCGCUCCGAUCGCGACUCCUUACGUCGUAGCUUCAUGCAGGUUCGUCCCACAAUGGCCAGUGGUGUUUGUGGAGGCCGCUACUAUCCCUUCGAAGAAGACCUGGAGAGCAUGAUGAACGGCGCCCUUUCCAGUGAGUGGACCUUUUUGUACCAGAAUAACAUGACAACGGCCGACGCUUUCUACGACCCGAUUGCGGACCUUGAUCCUGACAAUGGCGAUCAUCUCCUUGUUUGCUUGGGUGGCGACUACACCACUAGCGGCCAACAAAAUCUUCCGUACCGUGGUGUUGACGGUACAUACUCGAAUCGUUGGUGUAGUUCUGGUGAAGGACAAACAGACCCCGAUACUGGUGCUGUGAUCGGAAUCACUGCCACAACUCCAGAUGAACUCUGCAACCAUUACGAACAGGAAGAAAUUGAACAGAUUCCCCAUAUCUCCGAAAAUGUCAAAGCUGCUUUGGACUUUCUCGGAAAGGACGAUGAUGGUUUCUUUCUAAUGUAUGAGCAGGGAGAUAUUGAUUGGUCCGCUCACGCCAACCACAUGGACGACAUGAUUGGAACCAUGUUUGACGUUUCGGAGUCGGUGCAGGUCAUCAUUGACUGGAUCAUGGAUAACGGUGGCUGGGAUAAGAACGCCCUCUACGUCACUGCCGACCACGACCACUACCUUACUCUGAAGGACAAUUUUCCCGAGGCCUUGGCCCACUUGCUCAUCCGCGGUGAAUCCCACAACAUUACGCCUCAGAGUAAUUCCGGCGUAAACCCGUGGGAUGCCGGUAUCGGAGUCGGUCGUCACGAAGAUGACUCCCAGAGUGUCACCGAGCAUAUUAACGACUUUUCUACCUGGUCGGAAGACGACGUUGACGCGGUGGGCCACUUCUGGGGCGCCAACGGUUCCGGCGGCAACGGCUGGGGUAGCCACUCGACGCGCCCCGUCCCGGUCAGUUACAUGGGAGACGAUGGCUGCAUCGAAGCGUUGACUGGUACCGGCUUUCAGGUUCUUGGCCGCGACGUGAAGGGGCAUCACGGUAAAAUCGACCAGAUGCAUUUGCACGCUUGCAUGCUCAAGAACCUGUUCGGUCUCUAAUCGGAUUCUUGGUGAUUG